GAACUCAACAUUUCCAUAGUUCCAUUCCACAAUCGUCUUCUUUCGCCCUCUCCCUCCCGGCGACUCUUCCCCCCUCCUAGGGUUUUACCCCGGCGAUCUCCCCCACUCCCUCUGCCCUCGCCCUCGCCGUGCCGAGCCACCCGCUGAAAAAUGGCGGAGGUGGAGGACGUCAGCAACAGGAUGGAAGCGCAGCUGCGCGUCCACGCGGCGGAGGACGACGCCGAUCUCCCGCUCCCCGCCCUCUUCGACAGGGCGUCCCACCUCCACGCGCUCGCCUCCAGCUCCUCCCUCGACCAGGAAGGGAUCCGGAAGGGGGUCGACCUGCUGCGGCGCUGCGACGAGAUGGUCAGCAAGCUCGGCCUCUUCUCCUCCAACGAGACCAAGGAGGACAUCUCCACCGCCAAUCUCAAGUACUUGCUCGUGCCGUACUACCUUGGGGAAAUGAUUGAGCAAGUGGAGCAGGAAGACCGGAUUCCAGUCCUCAAGGCAUCACAGGACCAUUUAAAGGAGUUCAUUUCUGUGUGUGAAGCAUUGGAGCUUAUUCCAGAGGCUGAGCUUCAAUUAUAUAGACAGGGGCAGUCUGAAACCGGGGCAAACCGAAGAGCACAAAAGGUUGCCAGGUACAAGCGGCAAAAGGCUGCAGAAAUGAAGCUCCAAGAGAUCAAACAGAGAAAGGAAAGGCGUGGGCGCUCAUUGAGAGCAACGGCUUUAUCGGCACCUAUCGAAGCCGGGGAAGAAGAUGAUUUGGAGGGCGAUGGAGAGGAAGAAAGAGAGGCUUGGCUUGCUACUAUCUCGUUGUCUCUCUGCAAGGCUUUUGAUCUUGUUGACAUGUUAAAGAAGGAAGAAGAGAUGCUUCUGGCUGUAAAAGAAAGAAAAGAAAAGGAUGGAAAUGCAUUUGCUCGAGAAAUGCUAGAUGAGCGUAGGCAAAAGGCUGAAGAAUGGCACCAUAAUGCUGCCAGCCGUGCACCAUAUUCCAAACCAGCUGCUCCAAUCACUUGUGCAACUUUUGCUCAAGACGUCAUUGAAGGCAGAGCAAGUGUUUCACAAGCUCAUGACCACAAACACCAACCCCUGAUAUUUGGACCUGCAAGUCUUGUUGGUGGGGGACUCACCAGUGAGAGGGAAAGAAUGGCAGCACAAGUUUUUCAGCCUAGUUUCAGGAUGCCGACAAUGAGCAUCGAACAAGCCGGCCUAGCUGAAAUGAAAAUGAUGGAGCAAUGGCAAGAAAGUACCGCCAAGAUGAUUCAAGAGGCAAGCUCCUCUUGGCACAAGGAUGACACUAGUUUGGCGCAGGACGACGAGGACGCAGAAGAGGAGAAAGCAAGGGCAUGGGAUGACUGGAAGGAUGAAAACCCACGCGGCGCAGGCAACAAGAAGCUUACUCCAUGUGGCUAAUUUAAAAGCUAUUGACACUGCACUGAAGAUACCACAUGUAGCUGAUGUUCAUAUACCAUAUAACAUUUCUGUUAUUUCCCCUCACGUUUGCAAGAGUAUUGACCAGAGUACAUUAUUUGUAGAAACGUUGUGCAAGUGCAUCAUUUCAUCAAUAUCCCCUUUUUUUAGGUGUCA